GAAGACCGCUGUAUGGAACCGCUUGAUCCGGGACCUUGCCAAUACUAUCAGAUAAAGUGGUUCUGGGAUCAAAUGGAUGAGGAGUGUAAAGAGUUCCAUUAUGGUGGUUGUUUGGGCAGUCGGAAUCGUUUCGACUCUAAACAGCAGUGUAUGAAACAGUGUAUCUAUAAAAUGCAUAAUCCUGUAGCCGUACCCGAUUUGUGUUUGCUGGACGCAGAUCCAGGUCACUGUGACGAUGACCGACGGGGCCAAUGGUGGUACCACUUUGAUGCAGCAACCGGAGAAUGUGAUAAGUUCUUUUAUUACGGUUGCGGUGGGAACGAUAACCGUUUUUACAGUCUCUAUCAAUGCAGAAAAGUUUGCGGCGAACGGCUAUCGCCUCAAAUCGGUAUCACUUUUAACAUGUCCAGAGCAAAAGUGUUCAUGGAUCAGUCAGAAUCCGAGAGAUUAAGCGAAUGGCGAUGUUCACAUGAAAUUAAUCUUUCAGCAUGUGAUCGUUGUGAUCUGCGACGAUCGUUCUGCAAAUCGCACUCCAAAUACAAUUAUACUUGUGAAUGCUUGAACGGUUUCGAGAAAAACGCUCAUGGUGAAUGCAUCGAUAUCGAUGAAUGUCGUACGCAUACGGCUAAUUGUGAUCGAAAUGCUUGGUGCAAAAAUACGAUUGGUUCAUAUGAAUGCGAAUGUAAGGCUGCUUAUCGAGGCAACGGCAAACAUUGCACUUUCGUGGGCUUAGGACGUUCCACAAUUGAUUGUACAGAGUGUAGUCCGGAUGCGACGUGCUUGUCCGGGAUUUGUAUGUGUAAAGAAGGAUUCGUUGGGGAUGGUUUCAACUGUUCAGAUGUAAACGAGUGCUACCGUGAGCCACACGUUUGCGACAAGAACGCCGAAUGUCGAAAUGUUGAAGGCUCUUUUAUUUGCGAAUGCCUACCGGGAUUUGCUGGAAAUGGCUAUAAUUGCACUACGGAAACGAGUACGCUUCUUGCGAUUGAAUUGGCUUGCUUGGAUAAAUUCGAUCGCAGUUAUCAAGAGCAGUGUGGCGCGGAGAACUGGCGAGAACACUACUAUUUGGAUCAUCUAACGAAACGUUGCAGUUUGUUCUGGUAUGAUGGAUGUGCGGGUACAUCCAGGAAUAUCUUCUCGGAUCUGUCCACCUGUGAAACAAUGUGCGAAAUGACCAAUGCACUCACCAGAGCUGAAAUUUGUUGGGAUAAAUUCGAUACGAACUAUAAAAACCAGUGCUUACACGGUGACUGGCAGCAACGAUACUAUUUCGAUCACGCCUCAAUGACGUGUCGUUUAUUUUGGUACGAUGGAUGCUCGUCGAAAUCCAGAAAUAUCUUCGAGGAUCUCUUAACAUGUCAAUGGUUAUGUGAAGAACAACCCAUCUAUAAGUCGAGGUCGUGCCUUGAAACUUUCGAUGAACACUACAAAGAUGAAUGCAACGGUGGCCGUUGGAAGAAGCAGUUCUAUUUUGAUAAGCAAAAUAAAAAAUGUGUUGCAUUCUGGUACGACGGAUGCACGGGUGAAAGUCAGAAUAUAUUUCAAGAUGAGAUAACUUGCAUACAGCUUUGUGAACAGCCCCAGAACAAAGAUCGUACGUUUGGCUACAAUCGUGGUGAUUUAUGCAAUAAUUUAGAGCCAAAUAUGACGAAUAUUUGCGAGACGGCCAAUCCAUGUGAGAAUAACGGCACAUGCUUGUUUGAUCGAAUCACGAAGACGCACUAUUGCAAGUGUGCGCCGGGAUAUACGAAUGCAAAUUGCACCGAACGAAUCGAAUUUGAUCCAUGUUCGUCAAAUCCAUGUAAAAAUGGCGCAACGUGCAGUGCAAAAGCUGGUCAAAGUAAAACCACUUUCGAGUGUUUCUGUGCGAUUGGUUACGGUGGCGAAUUCUGUGAAGCGAAGCCAUGCGAAUCAAAUCCCUGUCUGAAUAAUGGUACGUGUAGGACAACGCGCGGCUUUUCCACAUUCUUCUGCGAUUGUCCACCGAAAUUUGGUGGAAAAUUGUGCGAUAUUGCGGUUGGUGAAACAAAACCACCAAAAUACGGUAAAAACGUGCAGUUAUUAUCAAGUGGUAAAGUGGAAUGGAUUGAACAGUUGAAGAAGGUGAAGGCAAAGGAGCGAGAAAUGAAAAUGAUGAAGAAAGAACGACAAAAUGAUCGACCGAUCAAGGGUUUUUGA